AUGAUUGACAACAAAAUUUUUUCAUUUUUUAUUUUUAUUUUUUACUUUAAACUUUUAUAUUCAUCAUCUACCACUGAGAUUCCUAUAGUAUUAAGUACAAUAAUAAAUGACAAUAAAACAACAAAUGUUACAAAUAAUGAUUUAAAUAAAUCUGAAAAUAUGUCUAAUGUUUUAAGUGGUUCUACCAUUAGAAAAGGUAAAGGUAAAAUUGUAAGAAUUGGACAUAUUGGGGCAUUAAAUGCAAUGCCAAAUGCAGAAUUAGUAUUAGAUAUGGCAAGAAAAGAAUUAUGGAGAGAUGGUAUUUUAGAUGAUGAGUUUGAUGUUGAGUUAAUUAAUACACGUGCAUGUGGAGAGUCAUUUGAAGGUGUUGCAGUUGCUGCUGAUAUGUUUCAUCUUCAAGAUGUUAAAGCUUUUAUUGGACCAUAUUGUAAUGCAGAAAUGGAUGCUGUUUCUAAGAUGGCUGCAUAUUGGAAUGUCCCUAUUAUUGGGUAUAUGGCUGCUUCAAAUACAUUUUCGGACAAAACAAUAUACAAAACAUUAGCUAGAGUUUCUAUUAGAACAACAAAUUCUUUAGCAUAUGCUGUUGCUACAACUUUAAAACAUUAUAACUGGAAAAAUGUUGCUAUUGUUACAAAUACAGGAGUUGUUGCUCUUGAGAGAACUGUAUCAUUUGAAGAAAAUUUUCAUAAACUUGGAAUAAAUAUUUUAAGAAAAAUAACCUUUGAUGAGAAUGCAGAUACAAAAUUAAUCUUAGAAUCUGGAUUAAUGCAAGAUAUUAAAAAUACAGCUCGUAUUAUUAUAUGUAUUUUUACAAAAACAAGAGAUAUGACAAUAGAAUUUAUGAAAGCUGUUGUUCAAGCAAAGAUGAAUACAAAUGAUUAUGUAUAUAUUUUUCCAUGGCUUCAGGCAGAAGCUAAAGAACCUCCACCAUGGAUAGAUAAGGAGGGACAUAUAAAUACAAAUAUUAAAAAAAUUUUUUCAAAUAGUAUUAUUGUUGAUGAUAUUAAUGGUUUUGAUAAUACAUUAACUACACCUUUUGUUGAAAAAAUGGAAAAAAAUAAUCUUGAUAUUAAUGAACUUGAUUUGUCAAAUGUUUAUGGUUACAUUCAUUUGUAUGAUAGUCUUAAAUUAUAUUCAUUAAUUGUUCGUUCAAUUAUGAAUAAGACAGGUGGAGAUUUCGAUCCAUUAACAAAUGGAAAAAAAAUUUGGAAUGAAAUGAGAAGAUUUAGUUUUCCUGGUUUGGUUUCUAUUGAAGGAACCUCAGCAGGAAAUGUUAUCAUGGAUGAUUUAGCAGAACGUGCUGCAAGUUAUGGAGCAUUUUAUAUUAAUCCUGAUAGAGAUGAUGUUAUUAAGAUGGUAGAAAUGGAACCUGUUUUUGUUAAUAAUUGUGAUGGAUUGAAAACAAAAUCAGGAUGUUAUGAGUUAAAAGUUUCUGAUAUUGUAACAGGAUUUUGGCCUAGUCCUGAUGGUAAACUUCCUUUUGACAUUCCUAAUUGUGGAUUAUCAAUUAGUAGAAUACUUGAAAAUCGUGCAUUAGCUAAUACACCUUGGAGAAUAUGGAGAGAUGACACAAGAACAAUAACAGAAGAUGAAAUGAAGUCCAUGUUAUCUAUUGGAUCAUCUAAAACAAAAAUAUCUAAUAUGAGUAAAUUUGUUAAACACCAUGCAGUCAUUGGUACAAAUACCCAUGCAUCUUAUCAUAUUUAUCCACAGAAGCGUCUUAUCACUUUCGCAAGAGAAGAUAUAAAAUUAUUAAACCAAAUGAAGCUUCUUGUUCAUGAUAAUCUUAAUCCAUUCUUAGGAAUGAGCUUUAAUGAAAAAGAUGAAAUGCUAUUAUAUUGGAAAUUUUGUUCAAGAGGUACUGUACAAGAUAUUAUUUAUAAUGAUGAUAUAAAUAUUGAUAGUAAUUUUCAUGCAGCUUUUAUUCGUGAUAUAACAGCUGGAUUAGAAUAUAUUCAUUUAUCACCUGUUAUAUUUCAUGGUAGUUUAACACCAUGGGCAUGUUUAAUUGAUAGAAAUUGGACAGUAAAAUUGACAGAUUAUACUAUAGCAAGCCUUGUUGAAAAAUGGACUAAACUUUCUAUGAUUGAUCCUGAAGCAAUAAAAGAUGGUGAAAAUAAAGCUGCAGCAACUCAAAAAAGUUAUGUAUUAUAUUGUUCUCCAGAAACAUUAAAAACAUCAGAAACUAAUAAAAGAAAAAAUAAUGAAAGUGAUUGGGUAAAACAAAGUGGAAGUAGAAAACAAGCAUCAGAUAUUUAUUCAUUUGGUAUUGUAAUGUAUGAAAUUUUAUAUAGAUCAUUACCAUUUUCUGAUACAUUAAAUGUAGAUGAAUUAAUUGAUGGAAAUAAAUUAGGAAAUGCUAAUAUUAAACCAUCAAUUCAAGAUAGAAGUAAAAUUCAUCCUGAUCUUUGUGCAUUACUUCUUGAUUGUUGGAAUAUUAAUCCAGAAGUACGACCAAGUAUUAAACGUGUCCGUCUUAAUACAGAACAUUAUUUAAAAGUAAAAGGUUCACUUGUUGAUCAGAUGAUGAGAGUUAUGGAACAAUAUGCUAACAAUCUUGAAAAAUUAGUUCAAGAAAGAACUGGUAUGUUAGAGGAAGCAAAUAUUAGAGCUGAUAAAUUAUUAUCACAAUUACUUCCAUCAUAUAUAGCUAAUGAAUUAAAAAUGGGAAAAAGUGUUCCUCCAAAAUUAUUUGAACAGGCAUCUGUUAUGUUUAGUGAUAUUGUUGGUUUCACUAAAAUUUGUAGUUCCUCAUCACCAUUAGAAGUGGUAAAUUUUUUAAAUAGUGUUUAUACUGGUUUUGAUGAUAUUAUCAAUAAACAUGAUGCUUAUAAAGUAGAAACAAUUGGUGAUGCAUAUAUGGUUGUAUCUGGUAUACCUCAAGAAAAUGGUGUUAAUCAUUUAGCUAAUUUAGCUGAUGUAACAUUAUGUAUGAUGGAAUUUUUACAAACAUAUAUUAUACCACAUAAAAAAAAUGAAAAAUUAAGGAUAAGACUUGGUAUUCAUUGUGGACCAGUAGCAGCUGGUGUUGUUGGUUUAACAGCUCCAAGAUAUUGUUUAUUUGGUGAUACUGUUAAUACAGCAAGUCGUAUGGAAAGUACAGGUUUACCAGAACAAAUACAAAUAAGUACAUUUUUUAAUGAUAGACUUAAUAAACAUUUUCCUGAAUUUGAUACAUCAUUAAGAGGACCAGUAUUAGUUAAAGGUAAAGGUGAAAUUAAUACAUAUUGGUUAGAAGGUAAAAAUGGUAGAAGUAUAACAGCACCAAUACCAGUAGAACUUCAAAAUCAAUUUGGUAAGAUAUGA